AUCUCCAGAAGAAUCAUUUAAUUUUGGUCAACGUAACAGAAGUGAGGAUGAGGUUCAUAGAGAUUGGGGUCAAUUCAAUAAAAGACUUGAUUUUAUUAUCGAGUUUAAAGGGAAAUGGGAUGAUGAUAUUGAUUUAUGUACAACAGAAUUAAUAUUUCAUAGAGGUUCAGAAGAGGAGUUUAGGAACAUGAUCUGGGAUUUAAAAUAUGAUAAAGGAGAAUAUACAAAAGAGGAAUUGAUAGAGGUUGUCAAAGAAUUGAACAAAGGUGAAGAUGGAGAAAUUAUAAUUAAGAAUAAUCAAGUGUAUUGGAGACGUGAUUUUCCAGAAUUCAAGAAGAGAUAUUUAAAAGAUUAUCCAAGAUGUAGAGAAUUAUCUGAUUACAAACAGGAAGUUCUUUUAGAAAAUCAGAAUAUUGAUAUUCAAAUAGAAGAUACUGAAGAGAUUAUAGAAUCAAGUACAAGCAAAAGAACUUAUGAUGAAUCUAAUGAAAGCGAGAGUAGCAAUAAAC